AUGGCACAACGGCACCAUGACCACAAUGCACCUCUGUCGUUCAAACUUCUCAAACUCGAUAGCCAGCUAGAUUUUCUCUGCUGGGAGGAUGUCAAUGUCGUUGUUGAUGUCGCUACAACACCCAAGGAACCAGUUGCAUCAUGCGUUUCGGGGUACCGCCCAGACGAGGAUAGGCAGAGCUCUCGCCCCAGCAGCGACUACGUUCCUUACAAUAUCAACGAAAUAGAAGAGGUGCUUACUCGUUGUGAAAGUCAGGGUUGCGGGACUCGGGCCAUCAUCAUCGUCGACCUUAAUGAAUCUCAUUCCUGA